AUGAUUGUGCCCACUUGGCAAGUUUAUUUAGAAGAAGGAAGAUCAUCAACACUCAUCAGCUUUAAUGAACCAAAUAUACGAGGAGAAUCAUUAUAUAUAGCAGCCUCUGUUCUAAACGUGAAUUUUUCAGAAAAGAGAUACACUGUUAAUUUCUCGAUCCAACCCAAUGGUACGCUAGCGAACGAAUAUGGGCAACUAAACCAACAAGUCACGUUAAGAUUCUCAUCAUUGAGAAGUUAUCACUACGAUAUUGGCGAAACAAUUCAUCCUAUCCAGGUGACGUUUAGCUAUGAAGAUGGCAACCAGAUUGAUUAUCCACUUGAUAUUUAUUCUGGCAAUCUCGAAAUAUUCGCGUUUUACAAAAACGAUACGACCAAGUCAAUACCCAUCACUUUUCACUUGGAUGCGAGCAUCACGUCGUUUCAUUUUAUGCCUUCGAUAAAGCAUAAUCCUGUGGUUGAAGAUGAUGGUAAUGAUGUACCAUUCAUAUCAACAGGUCGAUCAACGACCACUUUGGUCUUUUCUAUCUUUAUCUGUAUUUUGAUGUGGUUACUAUCCUUAGUCAUGGGUCUAUUUGGUUACCAAGUGGUGUUUAGAAAGAGAAAAGCAGAUGCUCAUGCUUGCAUGAUUGGUAUCACUACUCUAUUUGCACUUCCUGCCGUUAGGUCAGCUCAACCAGGAAUACCUGAAGUAGGCACAGUGUCUGAUAUUCUAGGAUUUUAUUGGAAUAUGGCGAUUAUAGCAUGUUCAAGUAUAGCUGUUACCAUGUGCUGGGUCAUUCGAUGGGAUAAUCCUAUGGAUAGAGACAAUAAAAGAAAUAUGUCUAUAAGUACUUGUGUAGAUGUUCCAUGA